CUUCCGUUUCUCUUGGCAACGGAGAGACGCGAAGAAAAGGCUGAGGAGCUGUCUCGGGCAGCCGUUCACAGACAAAAUGGCAGGAACUGAGCACACUGAAAUUGAGGAGACACUGAAGAGGAUUGAAGCCCAUAAAGGUGUGAUUGGAACAAUUGUGGUAAAUGCAGAGGGUAUUCCCAUCAGAACAACUUUAGAUAACUCCACAACGGUUCAAUAUGCAGGACUUCUUCGCCAACUCACGAUGAAGGCCAGGAGCACAGUGAGGGAUAUCGACCCUCAGAAUGACCUCACCUUCCUCCGCGUGCGCUCCAAGAAACAUGAGAUCUUGGUGGCACCAGAGAACGAUUUUCUGCUGAUAGUCAUUCAGAACCCAUGUGAAUAGCUGCUGGACAUUUCCAUGAGAGUCAGCCUUUGUUUUGUCACAUGGUGGUGCUCUAUCCAGGCAAAUUAUUUUUUUCCCCCACUGUGUUGUUGCAUCAUGUACUGCCUAAUCCCCCUUUUUUCACUUGGAACUCAAGUAUAUUGCCUUAAUCUUUAUCUUUAUGAUAAAUUGUUUGUUUUACCCUCCUUAUUCUGAUUGAAAAACCUGAAUAAAUGUGGAUGCUUCCA